GGAGAACCGCGACUUGGACUCAACGAGAGAGAGGGAGAGAGAGAGAGAGAAGAGGGGAGGGAGGGAGAGAGAAAGAGAAAGGCGUCGGGAUGGAGCCAUUAGGGCAGUACCCUCUGGAGAGGCGCCCUAUCUCUCUCCGUUCGGCCAAACCCGCAGUCAAAUGGUUCAAGGAAUGGGUACCUCAAGAGACUGUCUUGUCUGGUGGGAAAUGUUACCUGUUGAAGUGGGUCAACGAGGAGACAUUAAGGGCACUUAAAGAAAAGCAAAAGGAGACAGAACCAGCAGAAACAGAACCAGAACCUACUACUGAGGUUCUUUUCCUUUGCAGCUAUGAAGGUUGUGGGAAGACAUUCGUGGAUGCUGGGGCAUUGAGAAAACAUUCUCACAUCCACGGGGAAAGGCAGUAUGUUUGUCACUAUGAAGGUUGUGGAAGGAAAUUUCUGGACAGUUCCAAGCUUAAAAGGCAUUUCCUCAUUCAUACUGGAGAGAGGCAUUUCAUCUGCACUUAUGAAGGUUGUGGUAAGGCUUUCUCCUUGGAUUUCAACUUGAGGGCACAUAUGAAGACACAUUCACAUGAGAACUAUCAUGUCUGCCCCUACAAAGAAUGUGGGAAGAGAUAUGCUCAUGAGUAUAAACUAAAAGCACAUAUCAAAUCACACCAUGAGAAGAAUAUGACAGCAGAAGCAAAACACAGCGUGCAGAUGGAAAAGCUACAUUGUACCCCAAAACCUCCCGCUGCAGUGUAUGGUUCUGCUUCAUCAGACCGUCCUUAUGCAUGCCCUUAUGAAGGCUGUGGGAAAUCCUAUAUCCAUGAGUACAAAUUGAAUCUGCAUCUUAGAAGAGAACAUCCUGGACAUAAUGCAGAAGAAAAUGGGAAGCAUGCAGCACAUGACAUGGACAAUGAGAUGGAUGAAGCCAGUGAUCAGGAUGCUUAUGCAUCAAAGAGUGGCAGCAUGAAGGAUGUGAAGCGGAGUAAGCCUAAUCUAACUUCAAGGAUGCCACCUGCUAAGAUGAACCAAAGAAAAAGAUCGGCGUCAUCCACGCCACCAACCGUCCCAAUAUCCACCACACCUAUGAACUCGAGCAGAAGAGUGAAGCAACAGUGGGCAACCAAAGAUGUUUAUGAAGAAGACAGUGAAGAGACUGAAGAAGACCGUGAAAACGCAGAAGAGGAUCGGUGGCCAUAUCCAGAAACAAAUGAAGACUCUGAAGAAACAGAAUACGAGGACUAACCCCAUAAUGGGAUAGUCCUAGUCUUCUUCUCUUUUCCAACGAUUAAACAGAAAUAGCAAAUAAUGCAUGUGAAACAUGGUCCGAUAGUUUUUUCUUGUUGGAAAUCAGAUUUUAUCUUGAUUCAAAAGUCUUUCACAGGUAUAUAUAUA